GAAAAUUAUCCGUAAAAAUAUUCGGUGUACAAGACCCGAAGUGACUUAUCAAACUAGUCCGAAUUCGUUUAUUAACUUCAGACUAUUCCUUAGUUCCUGAGUAGUUUCACUCUAGAGAAGGGAAGAGAAAGAGAGCUUUGAAUAAUGACGUAAAAAAUGAGAAAGAAGAAAUAAAGAAUCAUCAGCAGCGAUGGGAGGAACGUGCGAACCAUGAACCGUCUCAGUAUUGUCGACAAGAGAGGGUCUUCUUAGGCGAUAAUUUUUUGAGAUUUAAAAGGAAUGGUGGCCACAAUAGCGGAUGAUAAUUUAACCGUGGACAGACAGAAAACAAUAAACCGGCGUUGAUAUAAAUUAUAUAUAUUUAUAUGAGGAAAAGGCGAUCCAAGGCAUGAGGUCUCCUUCGAGCUGCAGACAUUGGAGAUCCCGAAGUGUCCUGAAGCCAAUGAUAUUUUUUAUAAAUUUAUUGUGAUCUCUUGUGUGCAGUAUUCCGUUAGCUAACAAAUUGACACAUUGUUGACUUUGAUGGAAAUGUGCGAGCAUUAGCACAUUUUUACCCGAGGUUUAAUUCGUGAGUGUACUGAUGACGUUUCCAUUUGUGUCAUAUAACGCUUUCGGGGUUGAAAUGUAGAUCAUUAUGGAAUGUGCCAGUGCGUAGGUGUUUUACUUAAAAAAAUAUAAAUCCUCAUGUUUUUUUAGUGAAUUUUAAUUAUCAAGUACUCGAUGUCAGAUGCACUUGAAAUUUCAACGGAUAUUCAAAAUACCUUUGGGUUUUUACUUUUGAAUUUUAAAUAUUUUUAAGAUUUUGUCUGAUAGAUUUACUGAGCAUCUAAAGUGGAUUUUAAAAUGAACAACAAUUUCACAAAAUCGACAUAUAUUUUUAUAUAUUUUAAGUAACAUAUAUAUUAAUAUAUAUAGGAAAAUAUAUUUACUGAAGAAUUACUUGGAAAAAUGAUGUACUGGUUCGUGUAACAAAAACAGAGAAGGUUUAAAAAAAAAAAGAGUUAAAUUGCAGGAUGGAUCCCGGUGGGAUAUCACUAUGCGGGAGAAGUCAUCAAAAUGUCGCACUCACUUAAAUUAUGUGAGGAGCACAACAGAAAUGUGCUCACGUGAUCCUCCUGUUCUGCACCCUGCCCUUGCUAAGGCCAAUGGUAAAAGUUCUAGUCUCCAGUCAAGUUCCCAUGGUGAAUCUCGAAGCGAAGGUAAUUUGCUUCCGACUCCUGGCGGUAGGCUUAAGUUCUUCAAAGAUGGAAAGUUUAUUUUGGAGCUGUCACACCGACGAGAUGGAGAGAGAACUACGUGGUUUCCUGUUCCUAAGAAGACGUUCUGGCCUCCAGCUAGCACUCCACCCAACAAGCAAGAAAUCACGUCUCUCAGCGAUGAUAAUUCAUCGAUACAAUCGAGUCCAUGGCAGAGGGACCAUUGUUGGAAGCAAGCUCGUCCUCGACGCUGUACCACUAUGGAGUUUAAUUUUUACUACAGGCGAGAUCCUCGUACUCAAAUAUCUGCUCCAGCUAAUUUGCUUGUUCGCAAAUAUCGACGUCCCCUUGAUCCAACGCCGUUGCAGUUAAUCGCAGAACCGAGUGCAACUCAUAAGAAGAUCACUCAUAAAAUAAAAAAUAAUGCUGCGACUGGCAAAACUUUAAGUCUCAUUAUCGAUAAGUUGUCUCGUUUGGAUCCUAAUGUCGUUUCACCACGAAAGCGAAUACUGCGAGAGCUAGAAAGAGUGACAUUAGAAGAUCAGGCUUCUAAAAGGCGCGCGACACCUCAGCCAAUAACUUUAUCGACUACGAUAAUUCCUACGACGACGAGUACAACUAUACCUUCACCAAAACACCUCUCAUCGUACAGCAUAACGAGUAUUUUAGGAGAAAACAAGCCAAAUCCUGAGUCAGGUUUUUUACGAAAUUUACUCAAGUUAGACGAUGGACACGCUUUUAAUUACUUGACCAGUAAUUUUAAUCCACGAACAAGAGGUGAUCCUUUUAUUGGAUCUGCAAACACGUCAGUUCAUCACCCAUUUUAUGGAGUCCCAGUGCUUCCCCCUGGUACAUACAGAGCACCAGGACUGUGGAUGCAUUAUCCCCCACCCGUGCAUUAUUCACCUCGAAUUCAUCCAACUUAUUUACCACCACCAAUUCACCCAUCAUCUCCUCCCGUUCAUCAUUAUAAAGAAUAUAGAGAACAAACUCUCACACCUCCGUCAGGUAGAUAUGCCCUUAAAUUUAUCAAAGCAUGCAGGUUAAAUCUCAGGAUCCCAUAAAAUCGGUGCCUUAGUGACGAGCAAACUUAGAUGUGUAUUCACUGCCGGAAGAACAAUAAUACGACUGUAAUAUUUUUAAUUGUCAUAUAUAUAUUCAUAUAUAUAUAAUUAUUUUUUACUUUUCUUCUAUUCGUAGUUUAAAAAAGUUUUUGACUUUUAACCCUUCCAAUAACCGCACUAAUUUUCAUUAUAGAGUUCGCACACAAAAUCUUAAUGUAAAGAGGAGAUUUUAAAAAAUAAUGUAAAUAUAAAUUUCAUUUGAUAUUCUGUUUAAAUUAAUAGAAAUAAAAUAACAUUGUAGAAUAUUAUUUUAAAAUGAUUAACUCAUAACUACUGAAAAAUUUAAUAUUUUAAAAGUUACGCGUUCAAAAUAUAAGUUAGGAAAAUUGAUUUUAGUUAUUUAUUAUAAUCAAAUCUUUCACUUUAUUCAGAAAACAUUUUUUUAAAUUUACCAUAAAUCUAACCAUUUACUAAGUAGAUUAUUAGAAUAAAGUAUGAGAGUUGAAUGAUUUUUUAAUUGUAAUUAUUUUAGACUCGUAAUGAAAUUCAAAAAAUAUUCUGCGAAUUUCAAAAAAUUAAAUAAUUAAACUUAUCUACUAUUAAAUUAAAAAAUUUGAUAACAGAUACUGCGAUUCCUUUACACAGAAAGUAUUUCAAGAUAGUUUUUUUUUUUAGUAUUUUAAAGAAAAAUUAGGAUCGUUUUUCUCUACCUGCAAAGUUAUCAGUCUAUAGGCAGUAGGGAAUUGUCCGUAAAAUUUUCGCGUCGGUGGGACAUUUAAGGCUCGAUAAGACCCAGUACCCGAACAGGGAACUAGUACCCGAUCAUUCAUGUAUUUGUAUAUCUAAUAUUUACUAAAUAUAGAUACUAUAUCCCUAAUUAGGUACUAGGUCUUUUACCUUAUGCUGAUUACGAAUAGUUACUUUUACUGACGCCCAUGCAUUCAAUUCUUACAAACUAAUUUCGUUUUUUAGGAAUUAAUAAAAUGAAUUCAAAUCUUAUGUUAUAUACGUCAUAUGUAUAAGAGCACGUAAGCCGAAAAAAAAAUUAUUUUCCGAUUGAAUCUGGUUUAAAAACUUGGACUGCUCUCAAGCAAUUCUGAUUAAAUGUUUUUUCCGAUUGAAUUUGAUAGAAAUCCGAAUGAGUUUCGAUCGGAGCUUUUAAUCCGGGAACUGACUCGAAAAUUUUACGGACAGUUUUCUACCGUUUAUAGAUUAAACAGUGAAAUUAUUGUCGUUUGAAAUGCUAUGAUAUAAUAGUAAAGCCGGGCCACGUAGGCCACCUGACGGAAAUUGGAAAAAAAUUGCAAAAAUUAUUAUGGUCAUUGUAAAUUUUACAGUAGUCAGUAAUUGUUGCAUGUAUUUGUUUUUGUUUGAAUUUCCAAGGUGGCUGACAUAAUCCGGCUUUACUAUGACACCAUAGGCUCUCGCUUGAUCACUGGCCAGGCGUGGGUUCGAAUCCUAGCGAUUGCGAAACGAUUUUUUACACAAAAAGUGUGAAGCCUUUCGGCCCUGGAAUUCAUCCCAUCGACUUUAGAAUUUGACUGGUUUACAAAAUGAAUUUAAAUUGAUUUGAAAAUUGAAUUUGACUGUGGCCGGAUAUGGGAUUACCCGAGGCCUAAUAAUAUACACCUUAAAAAAAAAUGACACCUUAGCACUUUGAACAACAAUAAUUUCUCCAUGUUUGCAUCGUAAAUAAAUGUACUCAGAGCAACAAACCGAAUUUUCAAUUUCAAAUGAUCAACGAUUUUUCAUAAAUUUUUUGCUAUCAAAAAACACUUUGAACCAAAAGAACAAAUGAAGGAAAUAAAAUUUCGUAUAUAUAUGCGUGUGCGUGUGUGUGUGUGUGCGUGCGUAAUAAAAAAUUUUCUAUCUACGCUAAAGUAAAGGAGCCUGAAAACAUGUUUGUAAAUAUAAUGUAUAAACUGACCGCAUCAAGAUUUAGGCUCUUAAAGAUUUGUAAAGUAUUAAAAUUGCAGAAGAAAUGUUGUUUGCAAAAGAAAGUUAAGGAACUAUUGGAGGCUAAGUGCAAUGAGUGAUGUAAAAUCUAAUGUAAAACUCUUACUUUAUAUUAUAAUAGACUCAAUUUUUUAGUUACUCGAUUUAAUUUAUCUAAUCGCUAAAUGUUUGCUCGAUAUAGACUUGCAUCGGCACGGACUAUGGCGUCAAAAUUAAAUAACAAAAGUCAUAUUUAUUUACAGUGUGAGUUUUACAGUAUAUAAAUGAUAUUCACUUCGCCUGCAAAUAUGCGUCCUCAUAACUACUAUUGUAGUUGAUAAAUUUUAGACGUAUUAUACUUUUUUAUCUCUUUAUAUCAUUUUAAACCAACUCUUGUUGUUACUUUAAUAAAUAUUAAUAUGAUUUCUAUCAUGAUGAACAAACAAUAUUAUAUAACAGUUAUUCAUUGUGAAGGAACUAUGGAAGUUGAAGGUCUAUGUACAGAUAAGAUGAUACACUGUAUAACAUGAUUAUAUUUAUAGAACUUGGGUCAUUAUUAUAAUUAUUAUUUUAUUAUUACUAUUGAAAAUUGUAGACUAUCAGUGUCGUUUUAUACCCUCUCUAGCGGAUCCGAAUUACGCUACAUUACGAUUUUUACCGUAAAUUACCGUAUCAAUGUGGUAAAGUUACCGGAUUUCACAGUAAUUUGCGGCAAAUUGCGGUAAUUUAUCGUAAAUUGCGGUAUUGGUCGUAAAUUUCCGCGUUGGUAUUACAAAUUUUGUCGGAAUUUACGGUAAAUUACGGCAACUGGCUUACUAUAAUAUACGGUAAAUUAUAGUAAUUUAUUCUAAAUUGCUGUAAUUUACCGUAAAUUGCAGCAUUGCUCGUAAAUUACCGUGUGUUUAAAUGGCAAAUUUGCCAGAUUUUACGAUACGUUGCGGCAACUUUCAUUAAUUUAUGGAAAAUUGUGGUAAUUUACUCUAAAUUGCUGCAGUUUGUCGUAAAUUACGACAUUGCUUGUAAAUUACCGGAUUACUAUGGCAAAUUUGCCGAAUUUUACGGCAACUUGCACCAAUGUACAGCAAAUUGUGGUAAUUUACACUAAAUUGCUGUAAAUGGUCGUAAAUUACCGAGUUAAUCUGGCAAAUUUACCGGGUCUUACGGUAAGUUACGGCAACUUACAUUAAUUUACGGAAAAUUGUGCUAAUUUACUGUUAAUGGCGCUAAUUUAUCGACAACUGCCGAAUUAAUCGGGCAAAUUUGUCGCAUUUUACGAUAGUUUACGGCAACUUAGAGUAAUGUACGGAAAAUUGUGGUAAUUAACUGUAAAUUGCGGUGUAGGUCGUAAAUUACCGUAUCAAUAUGGCAAAUUAACUGCAUUGUGCACUAAUUUGCGGCAACUUACAUUAAUGUAUGGCAAAUUGUGGUAAUUUACUACAAAUUGCGGUAGUGUAUCGUAAUUUACUGCACUGUACUGUAAUUUUUGCAACUUUACCGUAAAAAUGAUUCAAUACUUCACUUUACGGUAAAAUAUCGUAAUGUUGCCAGAAAUCUGCACGAUUACGAUGAAAGACUAUAAUCUUACAGUAAAAUAUCGCAUUUUUGCCGUAAAUUACCGCCAGAUUGUUGCAAAUUUACCGUUAAUUGCUCUACUACUGUCGUAAAAUACCGAAAUUUACCGUAAUUUUCCGAAUUGCGUAAAUUAUGGUAAUUAUCGUAAUUUCCUGUAAUUCAAAUCCGCCAGUGCUAUUAAAACUGAGUAAUAAACUUAGCUAAUGAAAAUCCAGAGUCCAAAUGCAUCGCAGAAUAAUGUAAUUGAUUGAUAUAAGAAGUACGAAGCGUGCCUUAAAACUUUUUAGAACAUACAUUUCAAAAGAUAAAUAUACUUAUAAAAGUAUUAUAGAAAAUUUGAGCAACGGACAUUGCUACUAUAUUCAUAUGCCUGCAUAUUGUUGUUAAAUUAAUCAAUCAUCAUAUAUUUUAUGUCGUAAAUAUCUUGUAAAUCUGACGUAAAUUUAUUUAUUUAGAAUUAUUUAAUCAAGUUAUUGAGUUGAUUAUUAAAUAGGGUAGUGCUGCCGUUUUUGGCCGCUUUAAGGCCAGUUUUGGACAUUUGAAAAAUUUGAAUAAAAUAAUUUGUAAAGUACGCAAUGACAUCAUUAAUUUUCUAAAGGUGUUCGAUGAUACUUUUAUCAUACUGUUGCAAUGAUUGUUUUUUUUUAUCCUAAUUCAUUAAUUGAAACAAAGUAUUAAGUGUCCAAAAAUGGAGCAGUGGCCGCAAAUGGUACUUCUACUUUAAUAGAUCAGAAAAAUUAAGUGGGUAAACUCAAGCUCUACAAAUUGAAUAUAGAACUCUUAGUAACGUAAACAAAUUUUAAUAUUUGUAAUGAAAAAAAUGUAUAAUUAGCAAACAAAUAAUUGUAUAGAACUACUAAUUUCAUAAAUAAAAAUAUUUGAUAAUAUAUACAAUUUUUUAAUGUAAUAACAAAUUUAUUAAUUAAAUUUAUGUACGCAAAUAAAUAGUGGUUCAGUCGG